AAUCUUCAUCUUCUGUUUCCCUCUCAUCAACUCAAUCAUCUUCAUUAAUUACAGAAAACCCAGAAUCAUAAAUUCAAUAAUGGGUCUCCAAAUCUCAGAAUCCACCAAUCACACCCAUAAAAUCUUCCUAUUAUGCAAUUACAUCCUUUUAGGAUCCGCCUCAAGCUGCAUCUUCUUAACUCUUUCUCUCCGUCUAUUCCCUUCUGUCGUCGGCUUCCUCUUCAUUCUCCUCCACAUAAUCACAAUCUGUGCAGCAGUCUCAGGUUGCGCCGCCUCUUCCGCAAACAUGGGAGGGUCACAUAAAUGGUAUGCCAUUCAUAUGGUGGCAACAGUUUUAACGGCUAUAUUUCAGGGAUCAGUGGCAGUGUUAAUCUUUACGACUACAUCAAAUUUCUUGGGUGCUUUGAAAUCGUAUGUAAGAGAAGAAGAUGGGGCUGUGAUUUUGAAAUUGGCUGGAGGGUUAUGUAUAUUGAUGUUCUGUUUGGAAUGGGUUGUUAUGAGUUUGGCUUUUGUGUUGAAGUAUCAUGCUUGUUUGGAUGGGAGUAGGAGUGGAAAUGUUAAUGGAGGUGGGAAAGAAGACGAUUUGAAGAAUUGGCCAUGGCCACUCCAGGUUUAAGGGGAAUCAAAUUUGCUUUUGUCUCUAUUUGGGUGUAUCUUAUGUUAAUUUGGAAGUAUAUGAUGAUUCUAUUUGUUUAUUCUUUUUGUUAAUCCUUGCUUGGAUUUGUUAAUCAAAUUGGCUUUGUUCUAUAAAUAUUGGGUUGAUUUAAUCUUUUUUUCUUUGAUAUCUGUUUGUGAUAUUCAUUGAAGUAGUGUUUGUUGGUAAUAUUUCUUUCAAGAAAGUGUUUGGUUUUCUUCGUCUGUAUCAUUCUCAUUGAAUUAAGUUUAGUUCACUUGUUUCCUAAUUUAGAAGUAGAGUUGUUGAUCGGUGGAAUACCCACCAGGCUCGAUCCACCCAAUUUGAGAUCCAUGUGACUCGAAAAAUAGCUUUGACAAUA